AUGGCAAAUGUAGACAGUUCUGAGGUCAUAAAUAUAUCAGAUGGUGAAGAUGGUGAUCCAGCUGUGGAUGCAGACAUUCCAGAUGAUUUUGACCAUAUGCCUGUGGAACAACAACCUGAUGAUUUUGAAGAUGAUUCAGAUGAAGAUUAUCCUCCACCUGAUGCAGCAGGAGCCGACCACCCUGUCACAGUGACAGUGAGAAUACGCCACAACAUCCAUGAGUGCAUAAACACAAGCUUAAAAAACAGCGUUGUAAGAAUGAUGGUGCGCCAGAACCCAAUUAUCAUGUUUUUACUUUAG